UCAGAGGAGAAAGUAGAACAGGACACUUUCCCUGAUGUUAUCGAUCUAUUUUCUCCCACUUUCUCCAUUUAUUCCAGUACAAUAAUGUUCUAAAUAAGUUAAGUAAAAUUUAGUACGUCCUACUAUUAGCUAAAUAUAUAUUGAAAUACAGUGUAGUUGUAGUAUGGAUCCAACAGUUUCUCGAUAAUAGUUUGGGAAAACUUAAUCAUUUGCCAGCAAAAUGCUUCCUGCAGCUGCAAUUCUGGGUCGUGGGCGAAAUAGGAUUCGACUCACGACCAACAAUACUGAGGAACUACCUUGCAAAAUCCACAUUCAAAGUUUGUCUUCGGACGAAAUAUUUGGCAAAGUUCAGAUAACUUCAGAAACUCCACUGCAACAUUAUGGCUUCGCUGUCGAACUUCAAGGCACCAUUACAUUUCCCGAUCAGAAACCCUUGAAACUACUUGCUGCAGAUGUAAACUCUCCGUACCUUUUCAAAUCUGCGGUUUACGACCACAUUUCUGGAGAACUUGAAGCCAUGAAAAAAGCUUCCCCCUCCGCGGAUCAGAAACGAAGUACAAAAACCGGAACAGUAUUUCCAUUUAAUCUUCGCCUCCCAAAUACUACAUCUCUGCCAAAAACAUUUACGUCAGACUUUGUAAAAAUCGAGUACAAAGUUGUGGUGUAUCAAAGAAAUGAGUUUCGUUACGUCCUCCUGGAAGAGAAAGCUUUAAAUUUUCCAGGUUAUCUUUUCCUCACGCGGGAAGACGCUGAAUUGCAUGAAUCUGAAUACGAGUCCAGCAACAAUGGGAUCACAGCACGGUUGCAGAGUCGUAAAUCCAUCCUGCCCAGUGAUUCACUACAAUACACUCUAAUUAUUAAGAAAACAGAGAAGGUAUUGGUUACCAAAGUGGCUGUAAAGUUAGUCAGACACAUUACAUAUCGGCCUCACACUGGAGACAGUGAAGAUAAGAGACAGUCCGACGUCAUGGAUAGCUUUUCAAAGCAGAAACACUGGAAGGGAGAGAUGGUCUCGAUCAAGGAAAAAUUUAAGGGGAAGGGUUGCAUUCCGUCGUACGUCGGAACACAGUUUAGGAUUGAGUAUGUCAUCGAGUGUGAAGUGACAACUACAGAUCCAUCCACUCCCAUAAUUAAUAUGUCCCUGGGUGUUGUUGUUGGGACAAGAAAACCUGUCAGUAAUCGGGAUGACCAAGAUGACGAAGAUGGUAUGCGCGUUCCUCGUUUCAGAUCAAGAUCACUGUCUGGAGCGUCAUCAUUUUUGUCACUGCUGCCCCCAGCGUAUUCAAAUCUAUCGUCCAGAGUGGGGUCACUGCUUUCUUUUCAAUUGCCACCACAUUAUGACGACGUGAAAGGAGACGAUAAUCCAACCGAGUGAGUGAUGUGAUGACUCAACUCAACUCAAUAAGUUUCACAUAUUUAUUUAUUUCUUCCUUUUACUAAAUCUCAAUGUUCAAUGUGUUUCAACCUCGUCAUAAUUGUAAGCAGAGAAAUGUUAAUAAUUAUAUAAAAUUAUUAUAUAAAAUUAUUACUAAAUAUUCAAAAUUGAUAUUUCACUCCGUAUUAAAUAGAGCUUCGUGAAACUAUGAAUCUUACCUGUUGAAUUAAAAAUGACAAGUGUUACAUUUACACCACGACGUUACUUAAGUAGGAUCUUCCCUUAAAUAUAAAAUGAAUUGACCUUAUAAAUAAUAUUUAUUGUUUUGUAAUUUGCCAUUUAUGACCUUGUAAAUAUUCACUGUUAAAAAUAUAUGUACAUAUGUAAUUCCUUGUUCCUUCAUCCGACUGUUGUGGGUAAAUUAUAUUUACUACAUACCAUAUGCACAUCGAUAAUAUUUGUCGUCAAAUAUCGAUUUGUAUGUACAACAAUGUUGAUACUCUGUACUCUGAUUAUAUUAUAAUUGUGAAAUCAUUUUAUUUUAAUGUCUAGUGUAAUUCUUCUCUGUACAAUAAAUUGCAGCUUUAAAAUCAA